AAUGUUUGCCAAUAUAAAAUUAUAUUUAAUUGAAAAUCUAGGCUUUCGAUGCAAUAAAAGGUAAGCUUAUAACGUUAAUUUGUCUAUCCACGCAUACUCGUCCUAUAUUACGCAGUAUCAGGCUGAUGGCCAUUCGUGUGACUCGAAUACAAGUAUCUAACGUGAUAUGUGAAAUAUAUAGUUGUGUGUAGCUUGUCUAGCUAUGCGCAUAUACACACUCGUAAACAUGAUGUAUAUGUAUAUCGUAUCGUCAUCAUGAGAGAAGUGAAGUGAGGUAGAGGCCACCCACUCUUUCCCACAGCAGGUUUUUCCCACGCCCCCCAGGGUAACCCCAACAUCCUUUUGCGGCAGCAAUUCCACGGCACGUAGAGAGUAGAGGGGUGUAGCUCACGUCAGGUGGGGAACAAGAAGGGAAACUGGAGGCGCUUGGGUCGACCAGGCCAUUGUACAACAGUAAAACAAUAGAAUCAACAGUUCAGUAACGUAAAGGGGCAGAGAUAAUUAUGACAUGCAUAGAUGACAAGGAUAAUCUGCAAGCAACCUAACAACUCUAUUGUAUAGUCGAGAGAAUCGAAGUGAAGGUUAAUAAAUAUGCCACACCAGUUUGGUUUGCCCACGAUGGCACAUGGAAUGCAGUCUCCUCCUUCGCCGACUUCGGUUAUGUCAGUUUACCCUCGAUUCGGAUCCGGUGUUUAUAGACCGGAUCAUCAAGAUCAAAGGUUGACACGCGAAGCAAUGGAACGGUAUUUGCGCGAUAGAAGCGACAUGGUUAUUGUAAUUCUUCAUGCGAAAGUUGCGCAAAAAUCGUAUGGUAACGAAAAACGAUUCUUCUGUCCUCCACCGUGUAUCUAUUUGUUUGGAGAUGGAUGGAGAAUGCGUCAGGAACAAAUGCUUCGAGAAGGAGAGAGCGAACAGUCUGCUCAACUGUGCGCGUUUAUCGGAAUCGGUAAUUCCGAUCAAGACAUGCAACAGCUCGAUUUGAACAAUGGUAAACAGUAUUGCGCGGCAAAGACACUUUAUAUCUCGGACUCGGAUAAGAGAAAGCAUUUCAUGCUUUCGGUGAAAAUGUUUUAUGGUAGCGGACAUGACAUCGGUGUGUUUCAUAGUAAAAGAAUCAAAGUGAUCUCGAAACCGUCGAAGAAAAAACAAUCUUUAAAAAAUGCUGAUCUGUGUAUAGCAAGCGGAACAAAAGUUGCUCUAUUCAAUCGGUUACGAUCUCAAACAGUUAGUACGCGUUAUCUUCACGUGGAGAACGGAAAUUUUCAUGCGAGUUCUACGCAGUGGGGUGCAUUUACUAUACACCUAUUGGACGAUAACGAGAGUGAGUCGGAAGAGUUUCAAGUACGAGAUGGUUACGUACAUUACGGUAGUACAGUGAAAUUGGUAUGUUCUGUAACGGGAAUGGCGCUUCCACGUCUGGUAAUUCGAAAAGUGGACAAACAAAUGGCUAGUCUAGAGGCUGAUGAUCCCGUUUCGCAGCUGCAUAAAUGCGCCUUCUAUAUGAAAGACACGGAUCACAUGUAUCUCUGUUUGUCUCAAGAACGUAUUAUCCAAUUUCAGGCUACUCCUUGUCCAAAAGAAGCAAACAAAGAGAUGAUAAACGAUGGCGCCUGUUGGACAAUCAUUAGCACUGAUAAGGCAGAAUAUCAAUUUUUUGAGGGUAUGGGUCCGGUUAGAUCACCAGUGACGCCAGUACCAUUGGUCCACAGCUUGCACUUGAACGGUGGCGGGGAUGUUGCAAUGCUUGAAUUGACUGGAGAUAAUUUCACGCCUAAUCUUCAGGUGUGGUUUGGGGAUGUGGAAGCGGAAACUAUGUACAGAUGUCAAGAAAGCAUGCUUUGCGUAGUACCGGACAUAUCACAAUUUAGGGGUGAAUGGCUUUGGGUACGACAACCAACUCAGGUACCUGUCUCGUUAGUUCGCAACGAUGGUAUCAUCUAUGCAACUGGUCUGACGUUCACCUAUACUCCAGAACCUGGUCCUCGACCUCACUGUCCGCCCGCAGAUGAAAUUAUGAGAGCACCACGUGCCAUGCAUAAUCAAGCGAGCAUGCCACCUGCAAUCGCGGACGUACCUUGGAACACUCAUCAACCUCCUCAAUCGGGUCUCUGAUGUUUUCUUGACAAUCACAGUGCGCAUCACCAAAGUUUACGAGUUAGUGAAACGAACACUGUUUCUGUUCAUUUUUCGAACGAUAUUCCUAUUGUUUCUAUCGAUACCGAAUCAAUCAGCAAUGAUGAUGCUAACUCGACCAUCACUUAUACAACGAAAGACCUGUUGCAUCGAGUCAAUAGCACGACGAGUUUGAAUGAUACGAAAAGCAACACAUAGCAACCGCUUCGUUGCAUUGCGUUGCGACCCAUUGCGUGCGUUAUAUUACGUUGCCUUUUGUGGCUACUACAUAUGUACAGUGCUGAGCCGAGAAUCGUUUCCCUAUGUUUAUAAAUAUAUAGGUUCCUAGCUUUAAGUGUUAAUACAGAAUUACACAGGGAUUAAAAUUUAUAGCGAUUUUAGGAUUAAGAGCUUUCCUACGAAUGUGAAUAUUUAGCUAAUUGAUCAGUAAAAAGUUAUGAAAGAAAUGACGGGACGGGGAGGGAGAGCGCGCAAAUUUAAAAAAAAA